AUGCUGGCCAUCAUACACGCCAUGAAUCGACUUCAGAUAUCAUUUGAAGAUGCGAAUCACAAAAAAGAUGCAGAAGUUGUUUUAACUCAUGCAGAAAUUGAAGCUAAUCAUGAGAUUUUACCUGAAAUGGUUGGUAAAUCGAUUCAAGCUUUAUGGAAUGAUAAUGGUGUUCAAGCAUGUUUCCUACGAGCUCGUGAAUAUCAACUGAAUGAUUCAGCUGCCUAUUACUUGAAUUCACUUGAUCGGCUCAUUCAGCCAGACUAUAUUCCAACUCAGCAGGACGUGUUGCAUACUCGUGUGAAAACUACGGGCAUUGUUGAAACGGCAUUUACAUUAAAAAAACAUAAAUUUCGAAUUGUUGACGUGGGUGGUCAGCGAAGUGAACGUAAAAAAUGGAUACAUUGUUUCGAAGGUGUGACAGCUGUUAUAUUUGUCAGCGCUCUCAACGAAUACGAUCUUGUUUUAGCCGAAGAUGAUAGUAUUAACCGAAUGACGGAAAGUUUGCAACUAUUUAAAUCGAUUUGUAACAAUCGAUUCUUCCGUCAAGCUGGAAUGAUUCUAUUUCUUAACAAGAAAGAUCUCUUCGCUGAGAAACUACGUUUCUCAUCGAUUAAAAUAUGCUUUCCAGAAUAUACAGGUCUUAACACGUAUGAACCAUCGUUGAGCUAUAUACAAGAACAAUUCGAGAAAAUGGACUUACGGGAAAAGAUUAACGGUCAUCAACGAGAAUUAUAUACUCAUAUAACAUGUGCAACCGAUACUGAAGCCAUGCAAUUCGUCUUCGAUGCGAUCUCGGAUAUGAUUAUCCAAACAAAUCUUAUUCACGCAGGAAUCUUUUGA